CUGUAUUUUUACCUUUCGUUUGGGGUAAACCUACUCUGUUUUCUUUGCUUCGGUUUUUUUUUUGGUUUAACCCCGAAGCGCUAUUUCUUGGAGACGAUAAGCAAAAGCGAAAUUUUCAGGUCCGGUUAUUGAUUGUUUUCAAUGCAUGGAGUUUACGGGGAAAAGAAAAUGGUUCCUUUAUUUUUAUCUGAGACAAACUUGGAUGACAAAGGACAUAAUGAAGCUAGCCAUCAGAUAAUAGCGCUUUUAAGUAAACUGGGUUCAGUUAUUUGGUCACUGAUGGUCUCUGGAGGUCGUUCUGAGGCUCGGCUAUGGCUUUGCAAUGCCGUUUCGAGCAUAACUUCAAUCUCUCCUCACCAUAAGAGAGAUAUCUUUAUGAAGAUGUUGACAUCAAAGCCAACAAAGAAGGGUUUUGCAUCUCAACUCUUGCAAUUGGUUUUUGAGAAGAGGCCAAGGAAAACUGGCUCUAUAUUGGCCAAGAAAAGUUACUUGCUUGAGAAGUUUUUCCAAGGGAACCCUAAGCGAAUCAUGCAAUGGUUCUCUAAUUUUGGAGAUGGCGGUGGGUUGGAACACAAAAAAGGUGCAAAGGCAUUGUCUCAAUUUGCUUUUGUAAAUCGGGAUAUCUGUUGGGAGGAGCUUGAGUGGAAGGGAAAACAUGGCCAAUCACCUGCAAUGGUUGCGACAAAACCUCAUUACUUUCUCGACUUAGAUGUCCAACGAACAGUUGAAAAUUUCCUUGAAAAUGUGCCUGAUUUUUGGUCAUCCAUUGAGUUUGCUGAAUCACUAAAAGAUGGUGAGAUUCUAUUCAUGGAUACAUGGUUUUUUGUGGAACUUUUUGUUGAUUUGAUGUAUAAAGAGGAUUUAAACGAUAUAUGGGAUGUAAUAAGCGAAUUUCUGAAGGAGGAACCAUUUUCAUCGUUGUGUCAUCACCUUCUUAUCUCUCUUGAAGAGAGUGAAGUCCGCAUCUUUCUGGAAUUGCUUCUUAGAUAUAUCAAUCCAAGGAUAGAACAUAAGGAUUUUGGUAAUCCAUUUUAUGUCCUGGAGUUUAUACUUUGUAAGUGUGGUGAUCCGGAAUCCUUUGAUAUGCUUCUUCUAUUAAGUGCUAUCAUCAAUCAGAAGAGACAGCUUCUUCGGCUUGUAAAUGAUGAAGAAUGUCAGGAUGAAAAUGAGCAAGUCAAAGAUAUUGUAUCACAAAUGGCCAAAACCUCCACUAAUGCCCAUACUUUGGCUUUGAUCCUUAAAGAGUGCACCAAAGUAAAACCCGAAGAAGCAAUAAAAUUAUUGGGGCUUUAUUCUUGGGUUAUCUAUUACAGAUUGUCAAAGGAAUGCCAGACACCAGGAUCCUGGGAAGCUUUAUUUGUGACUAAUGGAAUACGUUUUCGAACAUCUGAUAAAUACUCUAUGCUUCAUCAUGAAGGCUCUUUAGAUGAAAGUGACUCGGAAGCAGAUAAUCAAGCAUCAAAUAGGCGUAGGAAGAAAAGGAAAAGAAGAAAGAAGAGAAGGGACUUUGAUCAUGAUGGCAGUUAUGACAAUGUGCUGCUCGAUUUUGAUGCUUCAGAUAGCAGGUUGGGGUUGCAAUCUGGUGGCGGAAGCUGGUUGCUAUCAACUGAUGAUUUUUCUGCAUCAUGGACUAAUGUAGAUCUACCAGAGCACCUUUCAAACUACUGCUUGUCUACAUGGAUGAAGCAGCUUGUUUCAAAAUGGAGUAUCGUGGCUAAUGCUUGGGGGUAGCCUACGAUUGGUCCCACCAUUUUUUUCAUUGGACACACAUCCCUUCUUUGCUUGGACUUUUAACUUCAAAAUCAGAUGGACUCCUUGGAAGCAUGUGGUAGUGCAUCAGCUCCCAUUGCAACUCCCUCAAAUUUUCCACAUGGGCCUUACCAUGCUCUUGAUCAGGGCACUAGAAGGGGAGCAGGGCAGAUUUCAGUAUUGAUGGUCAUCCCUGAACUUCUUGUGUACAAUAUUACCAGAUGGUUUGCGAGAUUUGUUAUUUGAAGACGAAUAUCUUAGGCAGAUGGUUGCAGUUUUGUACACAACUGAUAAAUUAUUUGUACAGACACAGUAUUAAUGACUACGUAUUUUAUUUUAU